AUGACAGAAGCCCCUGCUCAAACCUCUCGUCCUAGACGACCGUCCGGUGCCAUCUUGCGGAACACCCGACCGCGCGAUAACAACAACUUGGGUUCCCACGAAGCCCUCGAGCUGCAAGAGAUCCAAACACAGGAGGACAACGAGCUAAACUACUCAACACCAUCUGCCUCAUCCGGUGAUGAAUAUCGCGUUGUGACGCGUCGCACUACAUCACGCGCUCUCGCAUCACGUGCAGCUGCGCAGCAGCGCCAGCAAGCUCGAAAGGGGAUUUGGGGCAAGCUCACUCGGAUUUGGACGCAUAAUGUUACUCUGACAGUGCCACAUAAGAGUAGUCGGGAUUACUUCGCUCUAGAGAGGACAUUCCUCGCGUAUAUCCGAACAUCUCUUGUCGUUUCCCAGCAAGGCGUGCUGAUUGCGCAGCUUUUCCGCCUGCAGGCGGCGGAGGCGUUGGCGGAUCGUCUUGGAUUUCGCCAGGUCGGUACACCCCUCUCGGUAGCGUGUCAUUGUCUGGCUAUUAUCGUGGCUUUGGUUGGGGCGUAUCGAUUCUGGAGACAGCAGAAUGCUAUUUCUAGGGGUAAAGUCUAUGCUGGAGGCUGGGAAUUGAAUUCUGUGGGGAUAUUACUGGGUUGUAUCACUCUAACGGUAUUGAUUGUGUCUAUUGCUAUCAUUGUCGAGAUUGAUAUAGACCCGUCUAUAUUUCUUCGACGAAUAUUGGGUGGCCAUUUUCAGCCUCAUAACCACUCUAAGUAA